AAUGCAAUGCGCAUCUGUCAUGGCUGCUCACUGAUGCCACUUGCGUCCCACAUGGAGUUAGAAAUAAACAGUUUGAUCUCCGACUGAGAAACACCCUCUGGGCUCAUUGAGAACACGACGAGUCGCCGGCUUCGAUCCAGCCCGUCCAGACUGAGGCCAGUCCACUUCACUCGAGAGGGAACCGGAGGGUCCGGCAUGCAGCUGGCCGUGGAGAUCCCCGUCCUGCGGGGCUUUUUAACAGCCGGCGAGGCGACGGGAUGGAGGCAGAAUGUGUCCAACGCUGCAGAGGCGGGGCCCCUGCUGGACUUCUUGAUGGAGGGGGACUUUGAGGCCGUUCUGCGGAGCCCCCAGGUGUUGGAUCUGCUCACUGGAGAUGGCAGCUGCAGCGAUGGGGAGGACCUCGAGGCCUACCUGGAGAGACAGGUCUUGCUGUAUCUUGACGAUGACCACGCCAACAGGGAGCUGACGGUGAUGGCCCUGGCUGUCGCUUGCCUCCACGCGUUUGCCCAGAGUAACUGGACCGGUCCUCCGGUCUCCAUCCGGGUCUCAGACCUGCUGCCCGAGGCCCUGCUCUCCUCUCAGCCCCAGACCCUGGUUGAGGCGCUCCACUCCAGCCUGCUCCUGGAUGGGGAGUCCGUGUACAGCCUGGUGGCCAACCCCUUCCUCCUCAUGCUGGCCAGGGUCAUUCUCACCAAGUGCUCCUCGAAGAUGGCCGGCCUCCAGCUGCUGCCGUGCUGGACUCUGCGCUACGUCGGCCUGCACCAGCAAAUCCUGGAGGCCUGUUCUCCACAGCUCCUGGACCUGGCCCAGAGCAGCAUUGACCAAGUACUAAAAAGCCCGUCUCCGUUGUUGGAGCAGAGGAAGCUGGCUAUCCACUUCCACCUGGAGUGCGUGUACACCAGCCUGACCUACUACGACUACAAGCCAGCCAAGGAACACAUCCAGAAGGCCCAGGAGCUCUCGGGGCUGGACAUCAACUUGACCGGUGCUCUUGGCAAACGGACCCAUUUCCAGCAAAAGUACUUGGCUCAGCUCAUUCUGGAGGUCAAGAAGAAGCAGCAGGACCAGGUGGAUGACGACUCCAGUCCCACCCCCACUCCUCAGGCCAGCCUGCCCAAGGACUACAGUCUGGGUGAUGAAACCCGCCUGGAUAAGAUCAAUUUAGCAGAACCAGAUGAGUACGAGCUGCCUGACCUCAGCGCUGAGGAGCAGGCCGUCAUCCUGGGCCUCUGCACUGACUUCCAGAAGAACAACCCUGUCCACAAACUGACUGAGGAGGAACUCCUGGCCUUCACAUCUUGUAUUCUGUCCCAGCCCAAGUUCUGGGCCAUCGAAGUCACGGCUCUUUGCCUCCGGACCAAACUGGAGAAGGGACAUUCCCGAUGUGUUGAGAGAGCCAUGAUGCAAACCCAGGCGAUAGUGGACCACUUUGAAGAACAGAACUGUCCCGUGACCGAGCGGCUCAAGGGGUUCUACUCCUGCCGACCCCCCACCAGAUGGGACGUCCAGAAACAGCUGGCCAGCCUGCUGACGGACCUCGGCUGCACCAGUUCAUCUCUGCUCAUCUACGAAAAGCUCGAGCUCUGGGAAGAUGUCGUUAUCUGCUAUGAGAGGCUGGGCCAACAUGGCAAGGCUGAGGAGAUUGUUCGCAGAGAGCUGGAGAAGAAGGAGAAGCCCAGUCUGUACUGCUUACUGGGAGACAUCCUGAAGGAGCAUCAGUACUACGACCGGGCGUGGGAGCUGUCGGGCCGACGCAGCGCCAGAGCCAUGCGCUCCAAAGCCCUGCUGCACCUGCGCAGCAAGGAGUUCCAGCAGUGUGUGGACUGCUUCGAGCAGUCGCUCCAAAUCAACACCAUGCAGCUCGGAGUGUGGUUUUCUCUCGGUUGUGCCUACUUUGCCCUGGAGGGCUAUGAGGGAGCUGCCAGGGCUUUCCAGAGGUGUGUGGGCCUCGAGCCAGAUAAUGCAGAAGCGUGGAACAACCUCUCGACAGCCCACAUUCGCCUCAAAAAGAAAAACAAGGCCUUCUGCACACUGAGGGAAGCCCUGAAGUGCAACUACGAACAAUGGCAGAUCUGGGAGAACUUUCUGGUCGUGAGCACCGACAUCGGGGAGUUUGCUGAAGCCAUCAAGGCCUACCAUCGCCUGAUGGACCUCAGGGAGAAGUACAAGGACAUCCAGAUUCUCCAGAUCCUGGUGCGAGCGGUUGUGGAGAACCUGGCGGACCGGCAGGGCGUGCCGGCAGAAGCUCUGCGGUCCAACCUGAAGGAGCUGCUGGGCCGGAUCAGUUCCCGUCACAGCAGCGACGCUGAGGUAUGGCAGCAGUACGCUCUGCUGUACGGAGACGGCCACAGCGCCGACCCCGACGACAACGACAAGGCCCUCCACUUCCUGUCUAAGGCCCAUCGGUGCAAGGCCCAGGCUGGUGGUUGGGAGAAGGAACCUGGUCUCUUCAAGGAGGUGAUCCAAAGAGCCCUGAAUAUGGGCGAAGUGGCCAUCAGUUGCAGUAAGAAUAAAAGGAAUCCAACAGAAGCUCUUCAGAUGCUCUCCUCCACCCGCCUCAGCCUCAAGAGUCUGGCCACCAAAGCUAAGCAAAUGCACAGCGACGUGGCGACGGGUCAGCUGCACGGCGAGCUGCAGGACGGAGUCGCCGCUCUGGAACAACUCGUCGCGGCGCUGCAGGAGCUGAGUGCGAAGCGGCGCGACCAAUCGCAGUGACCGGCAUCAGACGCGCGUCCUGGAUGACCCAAUUAGAAAUGGAAAUUUUGUAAUGGUGAUGUUUUUAUACCUGUAUAUCCACAUUGGAAUGUAAACAAAGACCAUAAGGAAUCAAACAGUAAAAUAGUUCAAAUUGUGAAUGCUUGCUUUUAGUUUUUUGUGAAUAAACUUGAGGAGCGUACCAAUUAA